GGCCCAGCCAGUUAAUUUGAAGCCGGCCUCCCCACACUGCGACCCCGUGAGCUGUGACAGUAUCCGUACAUCGACAGUACAUCCACGCUACCUCAGUUGCAGCCUCACGAAACUGUUUGAGAUCAGACUGGCGCGUGCAGUACCCCUCAGCCUGUUGCAAAGUUCCAAUCGCGACGCGUGGAUUUUCUGACUUUCGACUGGGCUCCCCAUUCUGGCUCACCAUGUCCUCGAACAAAGCAUCAAGGAUAGGGGAAGAAAUCUGGAAAACCAGGAUAGACAAGGUCAACACUGAGCUCGUUACCCUCACAUACGGCACAAUUGUAGUCCAGCUGUGCAAGGACUACGAUAAUGACUACGAGGAGGUCAACAAGCAACUGGAUAAAAUGGGCUACAACAUUGGCUUACGUCUGAUCGAGGACUAUCUGGCCAAAUCAAACACCAUGAAACGAUGCACGAGUUUUCGGGAGACAGCGGACAUGAUCGCAAAGGUCGGAUUCAAAAUCUUCCUGAACAUUACGCCUCAGGUCACGAAUUGGACCAAUGAUAACAAUCAGUUCUCCCUCGUCUUUGACGAGAAUCCCUUUGCAGAUUUCGUCGAGCUUCCGGACGAUGGCCGUGCACAGGACGAGCUGUGGUACUCGAACAUCCUCUGCGGCGUCCUGAGAGGCGCAUUGGAGAUGGUUCAAAUGCAGGUCGAGGCGCAUUUCAUUAGCGAUGUACUGAAGGGGAACGACACCACUGAGAUGAGGGUGUCACUACUGAGAUAUAUUGACGAUGAGCUCCCGCCGGAAGACGAUUAGAAGCGAUCACCACAGCAUCCAGACCGAUUAAUCAGCGAC